CGCAUCUCACCGCUUUCCUCCGACAGCUCAGAUUUUGCGACGCCAAAGUAAUUUACGCACUGCUUUACCAAGGUGGCCUUGCCAAAUGAAGCCUAGCGCCAGUCUACUUUAAAUAACCCGCCUCAAUACGAUGGUACCCCAUACAUCAUAUCAGUGUUUCCUCCCUCCUGCAUUGGCUUUGAUCUGCUGCAGCCCAAACGCACUCUCUGUGAUUCUAUUUACUGGCAUUCUGUCUUCACUGUUCUACCAUGGAUAUGAUCCACACCCUGGGCCUCAUGCUCAAAUACGGGAGACAGUACAAUGAUAGAGAUUUCCUAUCUUAUCACGAGGACAAUGCGAACGGCAGUAAUGGUCGUCUCAUGUGCUCUACAUUAUAUUCCUUCGCAGUCUUCCUGCAAUCAUGAAUUUCUCCUCGUCGAGUCCUGUUCCGUUGAGGGGGAAAGCGUCAUGUUGAUCAUCGAACGUGCCCCCAGUAACGGUGGAAUACGAGUAAUAUCCUCGAGUGGCGGAGCUGCGAGAGACACAAUCACAGUCGUGCGAGCCGGGUCAUUUUCCUUCUGGCCGUGUGGCACUCCUUCAAUAAUUGAUGUUUCUAAUACAGGGAGCAUCACGAGUACUGGCGGAGGGCAGGUCAAGAGCCUUCAUGCAAGGGUAUACUUCGAUGGAAUCACUCCUCACCCCGCCUCUUGGAUAUUGCUUUUAUUGCAGGUGUCGCAUCUACCACUUUCAAUCACUACAAUCAUUACUUUCGGCAGUGUUACUGGUAUUCCAGGAUCACCCUAGCUGCCGUGGCGAGAGCGUUUCCGUCUUGCUCCAGGGAGGGUGCUACGUCGUUCUCCAGGAGGUUGUUUACAAUGUUCGGGAGCUACAAACCGUCGCAAGUGCAACUCCUCGUAGCACUUCAUACUAUUGGCCGCCGAGAUUUACACUCACCCUCCCUCGAGUUCGAGCGACACGCCUCUCGCUUGAUAACUCCCGACAUUCUCCGCAGUCUAGCCAUGUCUACGGUCAACUCGCUUGCGCAAUUGAUAUUCGAUGAACCUGGAGUAGACAUCGCAAAUCGACAUGGUGACCGGACGGUGGGAGGAAUACCCGAAUCCAGCCAGCAUACAGAGGAUCGUUAGGGGUUGACUACUGGACCGUGUUUUCAAGAGAUGGAACCAGUUGACACUGGUGAGUGGGUUGGCCGCCCACUUCCUUGGUGUCUUGUUUCCAGCGAAUCGGUAUUCUCCUCAGUUAGCACUGGGUGUAAAAUCAUAGC